AUGGGUGUGCAGGGCGUGAAAACCGUCUCCACCGCGCGGAACGGCCUGGGCGCCUACAUCCUCCAAUGCACGCGCCUCUCCCUGACGUACAGCGACCACUGGGUGUCCUCGACGGGGCUCCUCUCGCUGCUUCGGUCGCCGCUAUUCCCCGCCCUCACGCACCGCUACCCGAGCGUGGAAUUUCGCAUCUCGCCGAUCCCCAACCGCCAUCCCGUCCUGAAGGCCCAGUACGUCAACGGGCGGAGUAAGGCCAUUUGCGUCAAGAAUCUGUCCAAGGAGCAGGUGGCCGAGAAGAUGGAGUUCUUGCUGGGCAACUCGGGCCAGAAGAAUGUCAGGGUGGGCGGGAAGAAGGUCGUGUCGCUGAAUGAGAGUGUGCGUGGGGUAUGGAGUCCUAUGCAUGGGGGGAUCCAGAAGAUCUGA